AUGGAUUCUCUACAAUUCCUGAGCGCUCGGAGAGUCGUAUCCCACCACAAAUCCCUUUGGAAUUCUCUCCCUUCCCUUCCUUCCCACUUUUUUCCCAUCCUUUUCCAAGCAGCAUUCCAAGAUGGAAGAGCUUUAAUCCUUCGGGAUUUAGUUGCUUCUUGGCCCUUCCCAACUCUGAAAUUCCCAAAAAUGGGAAUGGCUAAAAAAGAAGGAAUUUUUCGGGAUCAGGAAGGGAAAAUUUGUAUCCAAGCUGUGAUUUUGGAAGUGGUGGAACAAAUCCGGAAAGAUUUGGAAGAACCAGGAAGGAAUUCCAGGUGUCAACUCCAUCUCCUGGACCUGACAGAUCUCCAGGAUUCCUCCUCAUCCUCCUUUUCCUGCCAAAUUCCCAAUGGGAUCAGCCUCUGGUCCAGCACUGUCUCCAUCGCCAAAGCUUCUCUGGAAAUUUCCAAACAUUUCCAAGAAUUCCAAAGCCAAUUCCAACCUCAUUCCAACCCUUGGGAAUCUCCUAAAGGAAUCCAAAUCCUUACAGAUCUUUCUGUCAACUCCACAUCCUAUGGAAUUGUCCGAGAUGCUCUUCGGAUUGGAAAUUCCGGAAUUUUCCGGAUCCAAUGUCGGGAAUUCCGAGCGGAAGAACUUUCUCUCCUUGGAAUUUUGACUUUAUUGGAUUUUUUGGAUCCCUCAGGAUUGAAGAGAGUUGAUCUACGGUUCAAUAAUUUGGGAAUUUCGGGAUUAGCCAAAGUUUUACCGAAACUUUCCCGAUUUUCCGAGUUGACGAGUUUGAGAAUUCCAUAUAGUAAUGUGGAUGUGAAGAAAAUCAAGGAAGGAGAAGAAUUUGGGAUCCGAAGGAUUGGGAAAUCUUUGGGAAUGUUGAGGAAACUCAAAGAAAUUAAUUUGGGAUCGUCAAGAUUAUCUGGGAAACUUCCGGAAAUUUUGGGGUAUCUCCAGAAUCCCUUGGAAAGUUUGGAAUUAGCUUUUUGUUCCCUUCUCCCUUCCGACCUUUCCUUCCUUUCCCAAACUUUCCAUUGCCAUUCCCUAAAAAAAUUGGAUCUGAGCGGCCAUCGUUUUUCCCAAGAAUUUUUCCAAACUUUUCAACAGCUCCUGGAAAAAUCAUCUUCUUCCUUAAUCCACUUGGAACUUUUGGAAUGUCACUUGGAUGAUUCCCAUUUGGAUUCUCUUCUCCCACUUUUCCAAACUUGUUCCCGACUUCGUUUCCUUGGAUUAACUGGGAAUUUUUUUUCUUUCGGAGCUCUUCAAAAUUUUCUUUGGAAAACUUUGGAUUUACCAGAACUUUCUUUAGUGGUUUAUCCAGAACCUUUGGAAUGUUGUGAAGAAAUUGGGAUGGAUAGGGAAGUGGUUUCCAAGGAAUUGUCUGAAAGGCUCCAAAAUUUGGGAAGAACUAAUGUGGUUUGGACUUCCAGACUUUAUGGGAAUGGAGUUCGGGAAUGUUUCGGCUUGUAA